AUGCACUUCAACAACUUCGACGAGGCUGCCUUCCCAGGCUGCUACUGGGGUAGCUUUGGCUAUCCCCUCGGUUACAGCGUUGGCUGUGGCUUUGGCAGCACCUACUCCCCAGUGGGCUACGGCUUGGGCUAUGGCUACCAUGGCUGUGGGUCCUACAGAAGAUACUGGCCAUACAAUCUCUACUAA